AUGUCGCAAUAUAUCCCCAAUAUUCCUACCAAUUGCCUUGCCAAAAAGGUCGUUCUUAUCACAGGUGGUGCUAAUGGCAUUGGUGCGAGCCUGGUGACGCAAUGCUUGGAGCGUGGUGCCAAUGUAUGCAUUGGUGACCUCGAUAACAUCUCCGGCGAGCGUCUACUAAAGCAAUGCUGCGACAAAUUCCGCCCAGAAGAAGACAUGCCGCCGCGCGUGAUUUUCCAGACCACGGAUGUCACCAACUACCCAUCGGUACUGGCAUUGUUUGAUCUUGCUUUUAAGACAUACAAGCGCAUUGAUCAUGUUGUCUCGGCAGCUGGUAUCGUAGAAAUAGGGAAUUGGUUCGAUACUUCACUCACGCUGGAGACCGUUCGCCAGACCCCCUCUCACAAAGUCAUGGAUGUCAAUCUCCUUGGUUCGAUGUAUGUUACCCGAAUCGCCUCUGUCUACUUACGCCACAACCGUGGAUCCAAUUGCGACCGAUCGAUUCUACUAUUCUCGUGUGUCUCUGGUUUCAAGGACAGCCCGUCUCUUUUCAUAUAUCAAGCUUCCAAGCACGGCGUCGUUGGCCUCAUGCGUUCCCUACGCAACUAUAUCUCCUCUCCGUACAAACACUAUCUUCGUAUCAAUACCGUUUGCCCCUGGGUGACCCAGACAGAUAGCAUCAAGAAAGUUGAGGCACAGUGGAAGCAUGCUGAUCUUCCUAUCAAUACCCCCGAGCAGGUUGCUACUGUGGCCACCGGAGUAUUGACUGAUCAGUCUCUCAACGGCACAUCCAUGUUCAUUGAAGGUGGCCGUGCUUGGGAAAUUGAACAGAACAUCGACCGACUAGAGAGCGAAUGGCUAGGUGAAGCGCCGUCUAAGGCGCUUGCGUUGGGCCAGGGACUGCUCGAUGAUGGUUCUAUCUGGACUGCACCAGAGCGACCCCGGAAAAAGAGCACUAUUUGUGUUGGAGUGCCGCCGGGAGUACCUCUUGACAAAAUCAAUGGACUCACUAAUGGUGUGAAACAUGUUGUUUCUGGUGGAGUGACCAAUGGGAUGUCAAAUGGGUUGACCAAUGGUGUGCACUAA